AUGAUUUCUCUCAUCGUACCUCCCCGCGAUAAAAUACCUCAAGUUGCGAAGAUGCUCAGUGAAGAAUUAGGAUCCGCUUCCAACAUCAAAAGCAGGGUGAAUCGUCAAUCUGUUCAAGGAGCAAUUGCAUCUGCUCAGCAGCGGCUCAAGCUUUACAACAAGGUUCCUCCUAAUGGGCUUGUUCUGUAUACGGGAACAAUUGUUACGGAAGAUGGCAAGGAAAAGAAGGUCACGAUUGAUUUUGAGCCUUCCAAGCCCAUCAAUGUGUCUCUUUACCUCUGUGACAACAAGUUCCAUACUGAAGCUCUGACUGUUCUCUUAGAAUCUGAUGAGAAAUUUGGUUUCAUUAUCAUGGAUGGUAAGGAGUCUCUGUUUGGAACAUUGAGUGGUAAUGUAAGGGAGGUGCUUCACAGAUAUCUUGUUCACCUCCCAAAGAAACAUGCAAGAGGAGGGCAAUCAGCUGCUCGAUUUGCUCGUAUUGGACAAGAGGCCCGCGACAACCAUGUUACCAAGACAGCAGAGCUUGCCACAAACCUUUUUAUUGAUCCAGUCACCAAUCAGCCCAAUGUUAAAGGAUUAAUACUGGCAGGAUCAGCUGACUUCAAAACUAAGCUUAGUGAGUCAGGUAGGUUUGAUCCUCGUCUGCGGGUCAAAAUACUGAAAGUUGUGGAUAUUUCUUAUGGAGGAGAGGAAGGUUUUAAUCAGGCGAUUAAGAUGUCUGAAGAGAUUCUGUCCAAUGUGAAAUUUAUACAGGAGCAGCACUUGUUAGGCAAAUACUUUGAGGAAGUUAACCAGGAUACAGGAAAGUAUGUUGUUGGUGUAGAUGACACACUAAAAGCUUUGGAGAUGGGUGCUAUUAAGAUACUCAUUGUGUAUGAAAAUCUGGUGAUCAAUAGGUAUGUGUUAAAGAACUCCAAGACUGAUGAGAUUUUUGUUAAACAGUUGAACGAGGAGGAGGAAAACAAUCAAAGCAACUUUCGAGAUCCUGUCACCUCCGACCAACUAGAGAUUCAGGAGAAGAUGUCACUGCUAGAGUGGCUUGCUGAUGAGUACAAGAACUUUGGUUGUACUCUUGAGUUUGUCACCAACAAAUCACAAGAGGGGUCACAGUUCUGUCGAGGUUUCGGGGGGAUUGGAGGAAUUCUGCGGUACCAGCUCGAUAUGAGGUCAUUCGAUGAGUUUGCUGAUGAUGAAGUUGAGGAAGACGGGGAAGUUUACGAUGUUGGAGAAGCUGAAGAUGAUUCUGAAUAG